AUGUAUCCGGACAUGGAUUCAACCAACUCUGAUCAGCUUUCCACUGCAGAUGAACCCUCAGACUCAGAGAUGGUUGUGAUGAGGAAGAGGUUCGCCUCUGUCUGCUCCUCUUCUUCGGCUGAGGAAAACAGUGCAGGCCUCUAUGACAGUGCUCCCAUUUCUGCCUCUGAUCCACCCAGUGAACAAGAACAUCCCUAUGCAUCUCUGCUCUGUUGCCACAGCGUCCAAGACUCUUUGCUAAGCUCCAACAGCAGCUUUACCAGAUACAGAGGCAUCCUCAACUGGAUCAUCAUUCUCUUGGUCCUGACUCAUGCUCACUUGUUUUUGGAGAAUUUCAUACAACAUGGCUUUUUAAUAGAUGUCAAAAAGGUCUUUAAGCAUCUCAUUGAGGACAACUGCAACUGGCCAUCUUUCAGCAUCAUAUUGCGUGCCAACAUAUUUGCCAUUAAAGCUUUGCUCCUUGAAAGGUCUCAGGAAAAGGGUAUGCUGUCCCCCACCAACGGUCAUCGUUUACAUCUCGCAAAUCUAGGGUUGCUCCUGCUAUUUCCUUCUGCAGUCAUUGUACAUGAGCCUACAACAUCAACUGGUGGAGCAUUCUUCUGUCUCUGGUUCUACACUGUUCUGGGGAUGAAGCUUUACUCAUACCAGGAAGCUAAUCGCUGGUACCGACAGGCUCAUUUAACUGAUGCAGAUAAAGAUCAGAAUGGAUCCGUCACACAGAAAGCCCACAAUGAGCAUCUGACUUACCAAGAUCUGUAUUAUUUCCUCCUUGCCCCCACUCUGUGCUACCAGAGAGAUUUCCCAUGUACUCCUAAGGUCCGCAUCAAUAAGGUACUGCACUGGCUGCUGGAAAUGGUGAUCGUUAUCCAGAUCAUGGUCGGCAUUGUACAGCAGUGGAUUGAACCCAUCUUCCAGAGAUCAGAAAACUCAUUCUCUAGUAUGGACAUUACUAUGAAACUGGAGCACCUGGUGGGACUGGCGGCACCAACACAUUUCCUCUGGCCCCUCUUCUUCUUCAUGAAUCACUCCUACCUGAAUUUCUGUGCAGAACUGCUGCGCUUCGGUGAUCGGCAUUUUUAUGGAGACUGGUGGAAUGCUACAACUCUGAUAACUUUCUGGAAAAUUUGGAAUAUUCCCUUUCAGAAAUGGUGUCACAGACAUGUAUACACACAGCUAGUGGAAAAGAAUGUGCCAUCGUCACGAGCAGAGUUACUUGUCUUCUUGAUGUCUGCAGCUAUUUGUGAGUAUACGAUUGCACUGCCUCUGCAUAACUGUCGUCUUUGGAUCUUUCUUGUGAUGGUAUUCGAGCUUUUGAUUGCAGUAUUCCUCAGAGACUAUUUCCAGGGAAACUAUGGCAACGGUUUAGUGUGGCUGUGCCUUCUGCUGGGCCCACCUCUGGCUGUGGUCACCUACUUUCACGACCACUACAUUAGCUGUCAUCAUUGUCAUCAGUCAUCAACCUCACCACUGAUAUCAGACCACCAUCUUCCCAGCAGAGUUUGUCUGCAGCCUCAAUGAUCAUGGAGAAAUGUCUGAAAUAAAUCUGUCAUCACAGACGUCUCUUUCUUUAUUUGUCAGCAGGAUGACGCAAAAAGUACUAAACUGAUUUGCACCUAACUUGGUGGAGGAAUGGGGCAAUGGGCAGGGAAGAACUCAUUAAAUUUUGGUAUUUUUUCAAAUAUUUGGCCUUCGUGGAGGUAUGCACUCUGCUGAUUGCCAUUCUAGUAUUGUACUGUAUUUACGAGUAGACCAAGAGGAUACAACUGUCAUCCAAACCUCAUGUCUGUCCAAGGAUCUUUUCUGAUCUCUGGACAACCAUUUGUUAUUAUCUCCCUUGACCUCAACCCAGUUCAGCAAUAUACUGUAUAUAUAUUGUACAGACACAUUAAUGGACCUACUGACUUGCAUAUUAUCCUACUAUA